AUGCCGUCACUCAAACUCUCCAUUCCCACAACCCGGCAAGAGACGCCCGAGAACGCCAAGGCCUACAUAUCCUACACGGUCAAGAUCGAGCAUCCCUUUCCCCGCGCAGCAACCACAACUUCGAAACGCUACUCUGACUUUUGCGCCCUCGACAGCGCGCUGCGCUCCGAAGUUGCAUCUGCGCCGCCUGCACCGCUGCCCCCAAAGUCGUGGCUGGGUGGCUUCCUCGGCUUAGGCAGCACUGCCAGCUCGCCUGAGGCCAUUGAGAAGCGUCGAGCCGGCCUCGAGGCCUACCUGCGCGCCAUCGAGACAGCCGAAGACGGGCGGUGGCGCGUCUCCAAAGCUUACAAGGCGUUUCUGGGCCUGGGUGAUAAAGAGGCGAGCAACGGGAAAAGGGCCAGCGGUCUGCCGGGCUCGCAGUUUGGAAGGGACAGAGUGCGGGAUAAUUCAGACUGGCUGGACAAGCAUGGAGAGCUCAAGAGCAAUCUGCAAGACGCAAGGCGCUGGCUGACGAAGCGCGAACAAGCGACUGCCGCGACUGCGCAGCACGAAGCGGCGGCGAACGCGAAGAAGAGCCUCGUCAGAGCGAGCACCCUCAUCUCAGCCCUAGACGAGGGGCUAACGCGCCUGAGUGGGGGCAGUGCAGACGAGUGGAGUGGCGAGAAAUUAGGACAGGGCGAGCUGCGUCGACGACGAGAUGUAGUAAGCGGGCUCCGCAAGGAGCGCGACGGCCUGGAAUCGGUGCUCAAUAGCAUGGCCGUCAAGGCGGCCAUUUCGGGCUCGGGCUCGUCGGCCACACCAUUCACGUCGUCGGCCGCCGUUACCGAGUCGCAGAAAGCAGGACUUUUCAAGGGUGCCGGGACGUCGUCCAAGCCCUCGUCUCGCCGCGUACUGGGGGCCCCCGCGCAGGAAACGGAUCGAACAAGGGAACUAGACAAUGAGGGCGUGUUGCAACUACAGCGACAAAUCAUCCAAGAGCAAGACGAGGAUCUAGUCGACCUAACGACGGUUGUGCGCCGGAUGAAGGAAAUGGGUGUGCAAAUCAACGCUGAGCUUGUCGAGCAGGAUGCGCUCCUCGGCUUGUUUGAAGAGGACAUAGAGCGAGUGGAUGGCAAGGUCAAGAUUGCAAAGAAGCGGAUUGAGAAGAUCAGGUAGGCGUUGGAAUCGCCAUCUUUCCUGCAUGUAGACAUGUUUUGUUUUCUUUUUUCUUCUUUUUGUUCGGCAGUGGCAUGUGUUGCGCUUUCAUCAUCCAUGGGCGGGAGUUGAGGGUAUUGAAUAAUGGCGCAUUGACAUGGCAAGCAUAGCUUAAUGAAUGAUACCCCUAGC